AUGGCCAUCACAGGAAGUUUGACUCCAGCUCAUUUCUCUCGGGGGCUCCCUGAUAUUCAGUUUUUCCGAAGGCUGCUUUUUUUGGCCCAUGAGGGUGAUGAGAUCUCCCUGGACGAUAUCGAAAACAAUAUCCAGGCAUCACCUUCCCGUCUGCUCCGUGACACUCUUCGUUACCGCGAUACCCUCCGAGGGCUGCUUGGCUCGGCCCUAGACCAUCGCGGUAUAGUCCACGAAGAGAACCGCUUCGUCAUCAUCCUUGCCCCGGGAAACUAUGAGUUCAUGGUAGCUCUCUGCGCCGUCUUGGCUAUUGGUGCGGCUGUCAUUCCACUCGCAACGACACUUCUCCCAGAAGAGGUGCUGUACUUCCGCGAGAAAUUCAACAACGCCUUGGUUCUCACCGGAUCAAGCGAAUCCACACUCCUUUCCAAUGUGCGACAGCAACUCAAGGCAACGGGAGCUGAGAACCAGGUCGUCCCUAUCCAGCUUCCGCAGCCCUCCAAAGCCCCUGCACACCUGUAUAUCGACGAGAAUGUCUCAUUCCACCCAGAGCGUCCGGCCAUGGCACUAUUCACCUCCGGCACCACAGGACCUCCGAAAGGUCUGAUUCACUCGAUUCGGUACUUUAAUGCGUUUGUUCGUGAGCUCGGUAGCUCAGACGAAGUUUUCCUCUUCCGACGUCCCAUCCACAACGGUGUAGGCGUCACAGAUGUCAUCCGGUUCAUGAUGCGUGGUGCUCGCGUCGAUAUGAUGGAUUGGAACUCCGGCCCUGAGCGAGUUUGGAAACACCUGCAACAGGAGAAAGUGACUGUUCUCACGGGAUCGCCGGACUUCUGGAUUCAGAUCAAGGAAUACUUCGAAAAGGAGAUCAGCACCGGUCCUGUUGAAACGUUACGGCGGUCCGAAGAGGCCCUCCGAAGACUCCAAAUCACACGAAGCAGUGGUGCCUUGACAAUGCCGUCGACGAAGAAGUUCUAUCGCGAGCAUAUGGGAGGGAGAGGGUUUGUGAUUCGGUUUGGAACCACGGAAACCGGGCCAAUCGGACUUGAAACAUCUACCGACGACCAAGAUGACUCCCUCCAUGUCAUUGGAAGACCCUUGCCCGGUGUUGAGGCUAAGCUGGCCGAUGGUGAUCACAGUGAGCUGUUGAUGAAAACCCCCACCAUGUUCGCAGGGUACUGGCAAAACGAGAAAGCCACACGCGCCGUAUUUGACGACGAGGGAUGGUACCACACUGGAGAUCAGGCUUAUAUGCAAGGCGACAUUUUUGUUGUAGAAGGUCGCGCCAAAGAGGACUUCAUCAAUUGUGACAGCUACAAGGUCCCUAUAUACGAGGUCGAGACAGCAAUCGCCAGCUUGGGAUAUAUUUCCGAAUCGCAUGUCGUGCCUAUCACUGACUCCCGGCUGGGGAGUCGUGUAGCAGCCGUCGUCACUUAUCGAGACGUACCCGACACAGUGCCGGAGAAAACAUUACAGGCCCUUCGACAAGAUCUUUCAGGGAAGUUGCCGAUCAGCAAGCUGCCGACUAUGCUACGAGUUCUGAACGGCGAGGAAUCGUUCCCACGCAAUUCCGGUGGAAAGGUCAUCAAGCGAAAGCUCAAAGAGACAUUCUUCCCUCAGUCUGAUGACCCGACGCUGGAUGAGAUGCCUGAAGAGGUUCAAAUAUGUGAUUUCUAUUCCAAGACUGCUCCCCGAGCCCCGAAGUGCUGGGAUUGGGCUGGUCUGAAUUGUUAA